AUGGCUGCAGUGUGGAUAUCCCGACAGUGGCUAUCGCCAGCUUUGGUGUGGGCACAUGCCACACGCGAGGGCAAGUGCGUCGUUCCCACUGAAGAAACAGCCUUCAUGCCGCUGCUCUCCUUCUCUCUUUUCCUGGAGCCUCCUUCCGCAUAUUUUCAGUUGAAAUCUCAGCCACCCUUCAAAUCUAUAUUCACUGUAACUAUUUGGACCAUCUCUUUUCUUGUCUUUAUUUAUGUUUUUAAAAAUGUGAUGCUAUUAAUUUACUUUUAAAAACAUUUCAGCAUUCUAAACAUCAAAAAAAGAAAAAAAAAAAACCAGAAAAGACAAAUUGUUGUAGUUACUAUGCUUUGUGGAGUGAAGAGUUCAGAUCAGCUCUAUAAAUUAUUAAAUAUCUCUGGAAGCAGAUGGGAGAUCUCAGCUGAGCAGGAGCCAGAAGACUACAUCUCUGUCAUCCAGAGUGUCAUGUUCAGAGGAAAAGAGUGGAAGAAUCCCGGUGAAAUAUUCAUUAUUUUGAGAGAUGAAGUCAUUGGUGAUACUGUGGAGGUUGAAUUUACAUCAAAUAACAAGCGAGUGAGAACACAGCCAGCCCUCUGGAAUAAGAAAGUCUGGUGCAUGAAAGCUUUGCAAUUUCCUGCCGGCUUGGUCAACGUUGAUGUCCACUGUGAUGGAGUCAUUCGGGCCACAACCAAGGUGAAAUACUACGCAGCAACAAAGGUGGCGGAACACCCACUGGGAGUGGAAGGUCCAGGGGCGAGUUUGCGCCAGAAUGACGUUGAGGAACUUGACAGCGUUCUGACAGCCAUAUUUAAACAUCAGAUACCGUAUUAUGAGUUCCAGUCUCUUCCAGCUGAAAUCCACUCUCAAAAAGAAUGUACCCAUUUCAAAGAACUUCCAACUCUUCUCCACUGCGCAGCAAAAUUUGGCCUAAAGAACCUGGCUACUCAUUUGCUUCAAUGUUCAGGAGCAACCUGGGCGUCUAAGAUGAAAAAUAUGGAAGGCUCAGAUCCAGCACGUAUUGCUGAAAGGCAUGGUCACGAAGAACUCAAGAAAAUCUUCGAAGACUUCUCAAUCCAAGAAAUUGGCAGAAAUUAUGAGCAAGAAAAUGAUUAUGAACAGGAUAUUAUCUCAUUCUCCACAUAUAUUCCUUCUGCAGAGAGCCCAGCAUCGCAUCAUGACAGCGGGAAGACACUGGCGCAGAGCGCAGAGGGAGCGGAGGAGAAUGAGUCUGCAGGGGGAGGAAGGGAGGAUGGAUCAGCCGGGGAUGCUGAGCGCAGCCCACCAGAGGCCGACAGCGGGAGCUCCGAGGACCAGUAUGAAGACUUGUAUGUGUUCAUUCCUGGAGUGGAUGCAGCAAGUAAUUCCCAAGAGCCACCUGUGAGCAGCAGACCCCCUCCCCCCCCACCGCGACCUGCAGCUGCUGCCUUCCAACUGGAAAAACCUCACUGCACUUCACCAGGGACAAUAGUGGAAGGCCACAUGGAAAGCAGUCAAACCUGGUGUGAUCGUGGCACAAGACAAGAAACAGGAGAUGAAUCCAAAGGAGAAGAAGAAAAGAAAGACGAAAAGGAGCAGGAGGAGGAAGAAGACCCAUACACUUUCGCUGAGAUUGAUGACAGUGAAUACGACAUGAUACUGGCCAGUAUGAGCAUGAAGAAAAAAACUGGAAGUCGAUCUUUCAUUAUAAACAGGCCUCCUGCCCCCACACCCCGACCCACAAAUAUGCCUCCAAAAGAGAAAACCACACCUUACAUAGCUCAAGUGUUCCAAAAAAAGACACCCAGAAGACAAUCUGAUGACGACAAGUUUCAUGUUGUUCCUAAGAAACAAGACAGAGCUCGGAUGGAGAGUCUGACCGCUGGGCAGGAAGAACUCAUCCUCCUGCAGGAGAAAGUCAAGAAUGGGAAAAUGUCUGUGGACGAAGCCCUGGAGAAAUUUAAGCACUGGCAGAUGGGAAAGAGUGGCCUGGAAAUGAUUCAGCAGGAAAAACUACGCCAACUACGAGAUUGCAUUAUUGGGAAAAGGCCAGAAGAAGAAAAUGUCUGUGAUAAGCUCACCAUUGUGCACCAUCCAAGUGGUAAGGAAAUGGCCCACAAUGAAAACAUGUUGUGUAACACGCCCUUCAGCAACAAGCUUCCUGCUCGACUCCAGGCUGAAAAGGAAUUUGGUUUCUGUUGCAGGAAAGAUCAUUAA